GCGCGGGGAAGGGAGCGGCCUGGCCCUUCAGCGAGCCCCGCCGGCGUUUGGGAGCAAGCUGGCAGGAGGGGGCCCGCACGAAGGGCGGCGGCGGCAGCAGCAGCUGCUCGGCUCCCGCCAUGGGGGUGACCGUGGAGGCGCGCAAGGUUUACAGAUACCCCUUCGAGCAGGUAGUGGCCAGCUAUCUCCGCAAGUAUCCAAGUCCCAUGGAGAAGCAUGUCACGGCUGUAAAAACAGUAGAAGAAAAAACAGAUUUGUCUACAGGAAUCAUAUACCGGAGGAGGAUUGCAACAUGCCAGAAUGUAAUUCCACACUUUUUAAGACAGAUCAGUGUCCUGAAAGUGCCCGAGGUCUACCUAGAAGAAGAAUCUUGGCUUAAUAAGCAGGAUAGAAUUAUGUCUAUGAAGACUCGGUGCCUCACAUGGACACAGUAUGCUACUCUAAAGGAAGAGUCAGUCUUCAGGGAAAGUUCAGAGAAUCCAAACUGGACAGAAUUCAUUCAGAAUGGCAAAGUAUCAAUAAGAGGGUCAGGUCUCCUGAACUGUUUCCUGGAAGUUUUUGCACGAACCUUUUUAAAUCAAGGAGUCGAAAGGGGUGUUACGAUAAUGGAGAAACUUCUACAAGAACAGUUUGGGAGCCCCUUUUUGUAAUGAGGAAAUGAGGAGAAAUCUCCAUGUGUCUAAAGUGGAACCACAGCAAUAUGUCCUCAUUACCAGGCCUGCUUCUUGCUGAAGUUAACUUUAUGGGUUAGAUUAACGAAUAAGGAAAGACUGAGUUGAAGGAAGACAAUUGCCUACAAACUAAGCAGCACAUGUGGAAUGGCACAACUUAAAAUCUGUGAACCAGUGUGAUCAUGGCGAACGAAAGUAUGGUUUGGAAAAAUA